GUUUUUAAUUUGAGAUCUAUUAUGGGAAAUUGUCCAGUUAUAUUUGUACCAUCUCACAGAAGCUAUGUUGAUUUUACAGUCAUGUCAUAUUUGUGUUUCCAUUACGAUAUUGAAUUGCCUGCAAUUGCUGCAGGAAUAGAUUUCAAAGGUAUGGCAAUAUUUGGCAAACUUUUGCGACAAGUGGGAGCAUUUUAUAUGAGAAGGUCUUUCCGUGACACAGACUUUUUAUAUUGGCAAAUAUUUCAACAGUAUAUUGAAGAUAUCAUGACAAAGGGACAUCAACCUAUUGAAUUCUUUAUUGAGGGUACCAGAAGUCGUACUGGGAAAAGUCUUUAUCCAAAACUGGGUUUAUUGUCCAUGUUGUUAAAACCUUACUUUACUUCAGAAGUGCCAGAUAUUCUUUUUGUGCCAGUAAAUUUAAGUUAUGAUCGAGUAUUAGAGGAAAGACUGUUUGCAUUUGAACUUCUAGGUGUUCCAAAGCCUAAGGAGUCAACCAAAGGAUUUUUCCGGUCUUUACGUUAUCUCCAUCAGGACUAUGGAAACGUUUACGUUACAUUUUGCAGUCCCAUUUCAGCAGCUGAUUAUUUUAGUAGCAAAAUAGAUCGAUCUGUUCACAAUUUACAGCCAAAACACGCCAUGGAAUUCACUAAUAAAGAGAAGAAUCUCAUAUCACAAUUCGCCGUCGAAAUCGUUGACAAUCAGCAAAGAAAUUCAACAAUUACAUUUUCUAAUCUUAUUGCUGCUGUUCUAUUAAAUGAUACUUUAGGCUAA